AUGGCCAACUUCUCAAUCAUCACAGAAUUCCUCCUCAUGGAGUUUUCCAGCACGUGGGAGCUGCAGGUCUUACAUGCUGUGCUGUUCCUGGUGAUUUACCUGGCAGCCCUGAUGGGGAAUCUUCUCACCAUUGCUGCAAUUAUUACUGACUCACACCUUCACUCUCCUAUGUAUUUUUUUCUGAGCAACUUAUCUCUGCUGGAUAUCUGCACCAUCUCAGUCACGCUUCCUAAAUUCAUUGUGAAUUCCUUGUCUGGCACUCAGUCCCUGUCCCUCCUUGAUUGUGCUGCUCAAAUAUUCUUCUUUCUCCUCUUUGCAGCAACAGAGUUUGCUUUGCUUGUGGCCAUGUCCUAUGACCGAUUUGUGGCCAUCUGCCACCCUCUCCACUAUGGGAUCACCAUGACACCAGCCCGUUGUCUUUGGGCAACAGCUGGCUCUUGGCUCAGUGGGCUUAUCUAUUCAUCUCUGCACUCAGGGAACAUGUUCCGUCUGCCUUUCUCAGGAUCCAAUGUGAUCCACCAGUUUUUCUGUGAUAUCCCUCAUGUCUUGAAAGUCUCAGCCUCUGAUGUGUUUAAUACUGAGUUUGUAUUAAUUGUAGUGAGUUCAUGUUUUUUGUUAUGCUGCUUUGCCUUUUUAGUUGCAACCUAUGCUAGUAUCUUCUCCGGUGUGCUCAAGAUUCCUUCUGUGGAAGGACGUUCCAAGGCAGUUUCAACCUGCUCCCCUCAGUUGAUAAUCCUCAUGUUGUUUCUUGUUUCUGUAAUUACUGCAGUCCUCAGGGACGCAGCAGACACAUCACCUAUCCAAAACCUUUUCAUUGCAAUGGCCUGUACAAUACUGCCCCCACUAUUGAACCCCAUCAUCUAUAGCCUGAGGAACCAGAAGGUCACAGUUGCCAUGGGCAAGAUGGUCAGGAGGUUGUUUUUUUCCCAUGAAAGAAAUGUAUAUCCUUGA